ACUGGCCGGCCACAUAGUGGACACGCACAGCAGUGCCCUGCACAAAUGCCAGGCGUGUCCAAUGGCCUUCAUAAAUUUAGAGGGAUUCCACAUACACCGGCAGGCAGCACACCCCAAGCUGCGCAGCCAGUGCUGGCUGAUCCUCAAGUGCCCACUGUGCGAAGCCGUCUUUGCGUCGGCUGAGCUGCUUACCAACCACACGAUAAGUCACCUGGACCAGUGCGGACGGUCCUUAUUCAAGUGCUCCACAUGCGACUCUCUUCACCCCACGCGUGCGGACCUGGUGGCCCACGUGCGGAAGCUGCACCCCGCCAUGCACCAAGAAUCGCUGUGGGGCAGGGAAGACGACCCAACCAUGGCCUUUCUCUCUGGACAGAGUACAAAGGCAACCGUGUCAAGCGAAAUCAUCAACCUGGAUGAUGAUGAAAUAGCCAAUUCCGAUGACAAAGCAAUGGACACUUCUGCACCAUUAUCGCAGAAGCCGAAAAAAGGGAGUAUUACAGAGAAGCCAUCACCUGCAUCGAGUGCUACCUCUGACCAAGCAAAGAAAAACAAGCAAGAUACUCCUAAGAAAGUUAAUCGGCAUUCUACCGGUGAUACUGAGCAGAUGACUGUUAAACCCGCAGAGAAGCCACCAAACAACACUAAAGUGUGUGCGAAGUGCGACUUCCAAAGCAGUGACUCGUCCGCUUUCCGUGAACACAUCAAAGUGCACCGGCCACCAAACCAAGAGACAUUCCAGUGCCAUGAGUGUGGUCUGUGUUAUGUGGUGGAGCCCUCUUUGAGGAAGCACCUUCGAGGAGUGCACAGGGUGGAGGAGAAGAAGGCCGCUGAGAGCCUUGCGGACGCAGACCCCAAUGGUGCUGCCGUCAGCGGGCUUCGCUGCUCCGUGUGUUUGGCAACAUUUGACACUGAACGAGAACUCAAAAGCCACACGCGUAGCCAUGGCAUGGCAUUCCUAAAGAAAGUGAAGGCCAAGGACGGCACUGUUUGAUCUGUGGUAUGUGUGAGUGUAUGUGUGUGUGUGUGUUGUGCAUGCUUUGCACAGGAUGAUGAGUGAAUAAAUUGCUAUAAGUGCG